AAACAGAUAAAAGUAGUUCCUCCCAUUUUCCAAUAAUUUUCAUGGAGUGCUGGCCCAGGGAAAACAUUCUCCUUCCCAACUGCCCAAACGACCUGAGCCGGACGUAAACAUACAGAAGGGAAGGCAACCAUGGGGAAGAGAGUGGCCAUCAUCGGAGCUGGUGUCAGUGGUUUAGCCUCCAUCAGAAGCUGUCUGGAAGAGGGGCUGGAGCCCACCUGCUUUGAGAGGAGUGAAGAUGUUGGGGGCCUGUGGAAAUUCUCGGACCACGCAGAGGAAGGCAGAGCCAGCAUUUACCAGUCUGUCUUUACCAACUCUUCCAAAGAGAUGAUGUGUUUCCCAGACUUCCCAUAUCCUGAUGACUUCCCCAACUUUAUGCACAACAGCAAGCUCCAGGAAUAUAUCACUGCAUUUUCCAAAGAAAAGAAGCUCCUGAGAUACAUACAAUUUAAGACCCUUGUAUCGGGUAUAAAUAAAUGUCCUGAUUUCUCAGUCACUGGUCAAUGGGAUGUUACCACCGAAAGAGAUGGUAAAAAAGAAUCAGCCGUCUUUGAUGCUGUGUUGGUUUGUUCUGGACACCAUGUGUACCCCAACCUACCAAAAGAGUCCUUUCCAGGACUAAAACUUUUUAAAGGCAAAUGCUUCCACAGCCGGGAUUAUAAGGAGCCAGGAAUAUUCAAGGGGAAGCGAAUCCUGGUGAUGGGCCUGGGGAAUUCAGGCUGUGAUAUUGCCACGGAACUCAGUCACACAGCUGAACAGGUCAUCAUCAGUUCCAGAAGUGGCUCCUGGGUGAUGAGCCGGGUCUGGGAUGACGGCUAUCCAUGGGACAUGGUGUUUAUCACCCGGUUUGAAACCUUCCUCAAGAACAACUUGCCGACAGCCAUCUCCGACUGGUGGUACAUGAAGCAGAUGAACGCGAGAUUCAAGCAUGAGAACUACGGCUUGAUGCCUUUAAACGGAACCCUGAGGAAAGAACCUGUGUUUAAUGAUCAACUCCCGGCUUGCAUUCUGUGCGGCACGGUGUCCAUUAAGCCGAAUGUGAGAGAAUUCACUGAGACUUCAGCCAUUUUUGAGGAUGGCACGGUGUUUGAGGCCAUCGAUUGUGUCAUUUUUGCAACGGGCUAUAGUUAUGACUACCCCUUCCUUGAUGAGUCCAUCAUUAAGUGCAAAAACAAUGAGGUCACCUUGUUUAAAGGCAUUUUCCCUCCUAAACUGGAGAAGCCAACCAUGGCAGUGAUUGGUUUUGUCCAGUCCCUUGGGGCUACCAUUCCCACAGCUGACCUGCAAGCCCGCUGGGCAGUACAAGUAAUAAAAGGAACUUGUACUUUGCCUUCCGUAACAGACAUGAUGAAUGAUAUUGAUAAAAAAAGAGGGAAAAAGCUCAAAUGGUUUGGCACCAGCGAGACGGUACAGACGGAUUAUAUUACAUAUAUGGAUGAACUUGCCUCCUUCAUCGGGGCAAAGCCCAACAUCCCAUGGCUGUUCCUCACAGAUCCCAAACUGGCUGUGGAGGUGUUCUUUGGUCCUUGCAGCCCAUACCAGUUUAGGCUGGUGGGCCCAGGCAAGUGGCCAGGAGCCAGACAUGCCAUCCUGACCCAGUGGGACAGGACCCUGAAGCCCACAAAGACGAGGGCUGCCGGGACCCCUCAGAAGCCUUGCUUGCUCUGCCGUUGGGCCAGGCUCCUCAUUCUCCCUGCUCUGUUCAUUGCUGUUUUCUUUGCAUUGAUCUAAUUAUCAUUCGUCCCGGGCUUCUGAAAGUUACGGACCACACCCAGGAAGGAACUUUUCUAUUUAAAAAUUAAAAGUUUCACACCUCCUACUUUCCUACUCAACAGACAUUAGUCAGUAAAACUGUACUAUUUCCAGGCUUUUAAAUAAGUCUCUUUAAGAAUCAUGCGAUGAUCUAAAGACAGCACUAAUCAUUUCUCUUUAGGUUCCACUAACAUCUCAUCAUCACAAUUACGCUCUUCACCUCUAAUCUCAAUCGUCUCCUGAAACAUUUUGACAUGUUUCUUUUCUCCUUCAAUCAAGGUUUGAAAUACAUACUUUAAAUCUAAACAAAGAGCAAAUUCAGCGGAAUAGUUAUGGACAUCCUCCGGCCACCCCUGCAAACCAUUUUCAGGAGGAUCAAGUAGAGAAUUUGGCUAUUAAUUCUAUUUUUGUUCUACACCAAAUCCUCCAGGCAAUGAGUCCUGAUCCCUGGCCAAAGAGCAGAGCACAGAGGCCUGGUCGAUAACGAAAGUUAACAAGAGGGAACUUAUCAUAGCUAUAUUCUCAGGACACAAGAUUUCCAACAUGUAGCAGCAAAACAAUGUCAACAACAAUGAGUAGAACAUGAAAUAUGCCUUUUGGAUGAAUGAAAUGUCUCAAAUAAAUAAAUAAACAUUUAACCAAAAGCAUUACCAAAA